AUGUAGUCAAAUGACCGACAAAGGUUUGAAUCUUACUAGAGUUAACACUCAUAUUUUUAUCUAAUUAAAUCAUGAUUUUCUUAUAGAGUGUCAUUCAAUGAUUAAAUCAUCAAAAUUGCUCAAUGAUUAAUGAAGAUGUCAUCAAUGUAAUUUACGAAGCAUCUUUACUAAAUUGUUGAAUAAUUUUAGAUAAAAAGAUCAUGAAUCUAUCAAGUAAAUUAUAUUUGAUUGAUCAACAAAUAAGUCUUUGUGGGAAAGAGGAUGAUUCAUCAAAAGAUGAAUUGCCACCUCUUGAGAGCAUACUAGAUGUGAUGAAGAACUUCCUCUUAUUAUAUAGACUUAAGGAUAAAGCUUUCUAAGAUGUACCCCACCUCUAUUUAACUUAUCUCUAUCAUGUGAUAGAUAUUAGAGAUUCAUAAGUUGUUUUGUUUUCGCUCCACCAGGUGACAAUCAUUAGAUUCAUCGAUUAACCUCAUCAAUUUCUAGACUUCAUAAGAAGAUCUAGAGAUUGUCUACAUUGUUCAUGUCUAACGAGAGUCUUUUAAGUCAUGGACAUUGUACGAUAGUCUUCUAUAAGCGCUCAAGAUUCCAACACAUCACUACUGUGAUGAUGGAACUAUGUUUUACUAUUUUUAACUAAUUUAAUUUCUAUCAUCAUUUUUUGGACUUCAAAAAGAGAUCUAAAUAUACUCAAAUUGUCUAUGUCCAAAGAAAACCUUUGAAGCCAUAGACAUCACAUGAUAAUCAUCUCAAAUGUCUAAAAUUCUGAUGUAUAACCAUUGUGACACCAAAAUUAUGUCUUACUUGUUUUAAACUAGUUUAAUUUUUAGAUUAAUAAUAUUUUAUUUUAUUUUAAGUUUUAAAACUCCUUAGUCAAUUUUUAUUCUUUUAUGUUUAUAGAUUUCAAUUUUACAAAUUGAAUCGUCAGUAAUCAUAAAUUUUUAAGUAUAUUUUAUAUUCAUCAUUUAGUUUUAAAAUCAUAAAAAAUCAUAUUAUUUGAGAUUUUUUUAUAAAUAUAAUCAUAUUAUCUUUAUAUCUUUGUGAUCGACUGACGUGACUUAGUCGUUGUAUAUUAAAUCACGCAAAUAUAAAAUUUAUAAAACUAGAAAAUACGAAUUUUCGGAUAUUUAGAAGUAUUUCUAAAUAAAUAUAUCAAUUAUAAUUCAAUAAAACUUCCAAAAAUAGCAGUAAUUUCCUAGGUCGAUCACAUGGAUGUAAUAUAAUAUUUUGUAAUUAUUCAGAUUUUUUCUUAAUGAAUACGAUUUUCUAUGAAUUUUAUACUAGAAAAUGAAAAGAAAAUAUAUUUAAAAUUCACGAAAAAAAGGAAAUAAGGGUGCGGACGUCAGGAUAACGUCAUCGCUCGGCGAACGCGAAUUGGGCGAAAACAGAGUUCUGCCCGGCGAUUCUUACGUAAGCGAUUACAGACGAUUUAAUUAAUCAAAUUAAGAUCUGUAAAAGCCGGAAGAAUCGUAA